AUGGAUCGUUCAAGUGACCCGGUUGCCAACGUCACCUCAACCGUCUUAUACAACCUCCAGCACCAGCAUGAUUGGGCUUCCCUCAAGGUUCAUGAUACCACGGGUCGCCGGUCUUUGAUCAGGGGCAUGCCUCCUCGCCGGCUCUACAUUCACCCUGACGACCAGAUUGCUGCUCUAGACCGCGAAAAGGCGACAGGAGAGGCUGUUGACCAGUCACCAGAGUUGGAGUGGGUUUUGGCGGUACAUCCCGAGGAGACUUGGACAAUCAAGGCCUUUUCGGAAAUCUUUGACUCUAUCGAAAACAGCGGUCCUCGCGAGAAGAGGAUCGUACUGGCGACGGUUCACAGCGAUUCCACUGUCGUCUACUACAUCAUGCAUGAGGGCAUGGUCAAGCCACGACAAAACUGA